GAAUCGGAUGAUUUAGAUGGAUCAAAGUCAUUUGUUAAAGACAGCUUGUUGACUGAAAAGAAAGCCGAGCAGAUAAUCGCAACUAAAGCAGCACCACAAUCCCCAUUUACUGCCUAUGAGAAUUUAAAACCACCUACUCCUCCAACUCCUACCCCGAGCACUGGACCCGGGCCCACCUCAUUGUCAAUCGUAGUCGAUUCUAUUUCUUCAAAAUUGUCGAAUAUUUCGAUCGAUAAUGUGGGCACUAAUAAGGCUGCACCAAAGAAAAAACACGCCUCGUCACCCUAUAUCAAUUAUGAAGACUUGAAACCACCGAGCUCACCAACCCCAACUCCAAGUGGUUCCAAGAAGGAAUUUUUUACUGCCUCGAUUUCUUCUGAAGUUACUGUGGGUAAUAAUAAUGUCGUGAAAAGUGAAAGCACAGAUGUGGGGAAAGAGCAUACAAAAACACCAGCUUAUCGUUUAUCUCCUUAUCUUGCGUAA